GUUUCAAACACCUCAAGUUUCCGUUUCUUUCUGUGCGGAUCUGCAGCACCCACCAAGGUUUCCAAAAACCAUAUUUGUUAUCUCCAAUUUUUUUUUUCCUUCCACAACAUGUGCAUUCAUUUUAAAUUUUGACUUGUCCAUUUUUCUUUGGGGAUGUGGAUGGAGCAUAGUCCAAAAAGUGAUGCUAGCUCUAUUUUGAAAAUGGAAAACAAGCAAAGUGCCAGUGUAACGCUUGAGAAUUCUGUCAUGAAGUCUGUUGAUCAAAGAGUACGCAAAGGGCGUAAUGACAUAUUGACACGACGUCUGAAGAAUCGAGAGAGACAACGUAGAUACCGGGCACGUAAGCGACUAGAAGCUGAAACCAAGAAGUCUUUUGCUGUAGAAGAAACAGCAGCUGUGAAAGUAGAACUACAACCUGAUGGGAAUCACAACAGUUUCAUGUCCCGCAUAUAUUGUAAACGCGAUUGGAAAAAGGAUGCAAGAAGGGCUCAUGUUUUAAAGCAACAAGAAAAGAAUGUAUCUAUUGGUCUCUCUUCGACCCUAACUAGUAUACCUGAGGUGACAUGCUUAGCCGUUGUAAACAAAUCAGAAACCAUGCUACAGAGGAAAAUUCAGUUUGGAUCUUCCAGUGUUGUUAAUAAUGAAACUCCUAGAGUUGUGUUGGGUCGUAGAGAUUGGAAAGCAGAAGCUAGAAGAAAGAAAAACUAGUUUUUUCCCUUUCUUCUUCUAAAUGAUAU